AUGGCGAGAAACGUAGAAAAAGGAAAAUCUAUGUUAAAUCAAUGGCUAAAGGCUAAAGAAUUGAAUGAGAAGAAAAAUUUUUUUAAAAUUCCUAAAAAAGUUUAUGAAGUAGAUGACUUGGAAUCAGCAAUAUCAUAUAGAAAAUAUAUUAUUAAAGAGAUAUGUAGCAAAAUAAAAGAAAUUCAAAAUUAUAGUUUAAGUGAUCAACACAUAAGAGAAUUAAAUGAUCAAAUAAAUAAAUUAAUUUCCAUAAAAAAUAAAUGGGAAAUAAGAAUUAUAGAACUUGGUGGCCCUGAUUAUCAAACUGAAUCAAACACAUUAAUUAAUGCUCAUUGUAGCGAAUUAAAAGGAAAUAACAAUUAUAAAUAUUUUGGAGCUGCUAAAAACUUAAAAGGAGUAAAAGAGUUAUUAUUUAGAGAAAAUGAAGAAAGGAAAAAGUUAGCUUUAAAAAAAAAAAAGGAUAAAAGAAACUUGGAUAAAUUUGUAAAUAUUCAUUAUUUUGGUUAUUGUGAUGAUGAAAAUGAAAUUUUAUUAAACGAAGAAUUAAAAAUUCAAAAAAAACUAGAAAAAAACGAUUUAAAAAUAUUAAAAAAAAUAAGGAAACUAAAAAAUAAUAAUUAA